AUGGAAGUAGAGACAGCUGAUUACUACGCUGUCCUCGGCGUCUCUAAGGGGGCAACAAACGAAGAAAUACGCAGAGCUUACAGAAGAUUAGCAAUACAGUGGCACCCAGACAAGAACAGAGACAGACAGCAAGAAGCCACUGAGAAGUUCAAAGCGAUCUCAGAGGCCUACGAAGUGCUGUCCAAUGAAGAGAAGCGUCGUCUCUACGAUGUUAGCUGCUCACAGCCAUCUGGAGGCCCCGGGCUGCGGCGCAGCAGCUCCGCAGCAGCAGCAGCAGCUGCAGCAGCUGCAGCAGCAGCAGAGUUUGCUCGCUUCCACGAGGCAUUUCAGUUUAGUGACGCCCAGCGCAUAUUCGAAAUGGCCUUUGGAGGGUCUCCUUUUGGACGCGGGAGACGGGCGCCACCAUAUGCAGCACGCUGCUUCCUUCAGCAGUGCUCACAGCGAUAUAUUCGGCGAUUUCUUUAA